GCGGAGAAGCUGGCAUGACAGAUGAAGAAGCAAACAGUAUGAUCAAUGAUUCGGAGGACACCAGCGUUGCAGCCCGACUGGGGACCAGCAAGAAGGCCGGAAGAAAGCGGUGAGAGUCAAGAGUCGCGGAGGUCCUUCCUUCGCCUUCCUCAGCAUCAGGGACUCUUCAUAUCACGGGACGACUGGAGGUUACACACCGGACGCCAGUAUUACGUCCCAGUGACUAAGAAGACGCUCAUCAACCUGGGUUUCGUCAGACAGGUGAUCUACGGUAGCCUAGCGGAGGAAAAGAGCAGGACUGUUCUCAUUAAUGGAGCCUUGGAAGAAAGCAGCAGGCUAUUUCGUUGAUCUCUUUGAGAAAGUCGACCACGACCCCGUCACCUCACUCAUCACCACGAGCAGGAGGGUCUUCGAGCAGAUUCUCGUACAGCUGACACCUCCCGAUGGCGACAGUGAAUAAACUGAAAAUGCAUGUGAUGGUACCAGCUAAAGUGAUGAUAAUCUCCCAUAGUUAUCACUAGUCCUACAAAUUCUGCUUAACAGAGAAUGUGAUACAAGAAUAAUCAAUUCCGUUGCAUUACAUGCAAGGAAUCGAACAUCCAACUUUCAUCAAUUGUUGAAAGGGCGAUGGUAACUUCAUAUAAAACAGUCAAGUAAUUUGAUUGGUUUUUCGUUUUAAACUGUUUAGGACCAUCAUUGUCAUCGACGUCAAAAAUUAAUUAUUUGCUUAUUUACUGUACAAGAGAAAAAAACAAUCCUGAUAAAAAUAUUUAACUAAUGAUGAACGACGAUCAUAUUGUGCAGAUGUGUGUUUGUUCUUGUAUAUACUGAAUAGCGUCUAGUCUGCCAUAAGAAAGUUUUGAUGCAUUUUCAGGAAACGAAUAUAUCAUGAUCAGGUUUUGGUUGGCUUGAACAAAACUUACAAUUUUAUCUUGAU